AUGGAGUUUAUUGACGGCGCUGACCUGUCCGACUUAGAGUGCUACCGAGCGGACGCCUUCAUUCUCAUGUAUGCAGUGUCGGAACCCGAAUCAUUCACUUUUGCUGUCAACCUGCUCAACUACCUCAGACACGACCUGGGCACUGACAGAACCAUCUUCCUGGUAGCAAACAAAACCGAUCUGGUCAGGCAGAGAUUGGUUAUCUCUCAAGAGGCCAUCAGAUACACUUCCAGUAAUGAUUGUCACUUCUUGGAGACAUCAACAGCCUUGAACCUUAACCUUGAUGAACUCUUGAUUGGCAUCCUAUGUAACAUCAAGAAACAACUGAUCCCCGUCGAUGACACGGAAAAUCAGGAGAACAGACAUCGACUCAAACGACCCAACACUGAUCGCAGAUCUCGCUCCUCCGGCCGUGCCCUUUCCGCCAUCAGCAAUUUUAUCAAGCAUGCCUGCAGACGAGAGGACAAGAAACGGAAUGCAACAUCCGUGAAGUAA